AGGACAUCUCUUUAGCCUCUCUUGCCAUCUCAUCGAGAAGGCCAUGUCAAGACACCCCGUCCGUCUUUGAUCCGACAGCCACUCUACGCUCCUUCAAGCCAUUCCUCAACAGUCGUUUCAUCCGGGCCGGCCGUUCAAGGGAGACUUCGAUCAAAACCUACCAGGAAGUUCUCUAUACAAUCAAGACUCCGGUAUAUCUGGGUAAACAUCAUUCUCAAUCCAAGAGGAGAAUCUUCAAGAGUUCAAAGUCGAAAAGCAUGGGUCUCCUCUCUUGUUGCGGCGUCAACAAGCUCGCGGAAGAAGCUCGACUCCUCAACGAUUGUUACCCUCCAUCAAAACAACUCGUCCCCGUGGCCAACGACGACCUCAAGGCAUCACAAGAUUCGUACAAACCGUUAUCACAAGAGCUGUCCAGGUUGACCUAUUAUGCGAGCAAUAAACCGGGGAAACUUCAUCGGUUGGGGAAAGAGCUCGAGGUCCGUGCGGCGGGUGAGGCUAGGAAAGCUUCGACGGGGAAUGUCAAGAGCAGGAUUUCAUUCAUGAUCUCCCUGGCCAUCUUGAGAUCGCUAUUGUCCGAAUGCAAACGCGACGUCGGACUAUUCGCGACCAGCGUGGUCAACAUCCUGGAAAGAGCGCUUGAUCUCGCCAGCAAACCCGUGGCUGGAGGAGGACUUGAUCUCGAUAUCGCCAUCCGAGCCGUUGGUGUGUUCACCUCGUUCGCGACCUAUGUAGACGGUGCAGCAUUCGCAGCGGACGACUCGACGCUUACCUCUUACUUGGCUGUCUUGAAGAGAUUGGCGGCUCUCGCAGUACAGCCAGAUUCGGUCAACGCGCCCGUCACGAACGAAAAGGGUACCCGAGAUUUCGAGACUAGGAACAGAACCCGUCUGAUCGGCCUUGCCGCGCUCUCUGCGGCGGUGCAGUCGGACGUCUUUCAUACGAGCCUGUCCGACUUCAGGCAACAGGCCGAGAUUGUCUUGCCGGCUCUGAUGCAGAAUCUCUGGCUCGGGGAUAUGGAUGAUCUCAAGCUUCAGACUGCUCGGGUACAGAUGGACUUUUCUCCUUCACCUUACUUUUCCGAGUUCUCGGCCCGUCGGCCUGCCGCUCAGCGGCGUGCCCCUUCUCUGCACACACAUAUCGUCGGUCAGAAAGGUCCCACCACCGCCGAUGUCAUGGGUGCAGCUCUGGGCACGCUUCGAGAACUGCUGUCCGAUUGCCAUUCGUCGCAGUUGGCAGACGCACUGGAUGUCUCCCUCUCUUGCAUCGAUCGAGGGUUCCCAGAGUCUGGAUCUUCGGCAUGGGCGGACGAGGAGAGGUGUUGUUGGCUAGCCGAGAACAUGACGAGGUUCACCAUGCUGCCAUACCGGUAUGCCAUGUCGUCGACCUUGCUCGAGAGGUUCAUGGUCGAUAUCCAGCGGGUCCCGGUCAUGCGGCAUCAAAUGACCCUCCUCAAGAUGCUCGAAACCAUCUGGAGCGCGGAAAAACUCUCGCUCACCGGGUUUUCGCCUUCGGAAGCCCUGUCUGUGCUCUUGUCAGCCAUCAUCGCUAGGCUCAAGCUGGAGAACCAGGAUACUCUGCUGGUUCCGCUCGUCAACUGCAUAUCCUCCUUGUCGACUCACGCAUACUACGUGGGUCAGGCGGACGACAUGAUCGAAGAGGUCAUAACCAGGAUCUCGGAGCUUCAGAUGGCGGGACCUAGGCUGAAACGCGCUCGAAGCCGGAAAGAGAGCACUGCGAGUGGAGCUUCCACUCCCGCGGUCGUGGGGUCUUCUCCUGUCAACCCCGCCGAUGCCGAGACAAUUCGGAUUCUCGUCACCUGUCUUGCCAACAUUCUCCUGGGCAAUUCGGACGUCGACUUCGAGCCCGGACACGAAGUUCAUAACGAUACUAGCAGUAGCAUCCACGUGGACAAGGGGAAAGGUCCAGCGCGCGUUGAAUCGAGAGCGUCUGUGAGAAAGGGUCGAAGGAACCCCGUCUCACCGGAAGUUUGGCAAGAGACCCUGCCGCUGCUGUGCGAGAGCAAAUUUGCCAUCCGGGCCGAGUAUGCCAAAGCCCUCUUGCUAUACCUUCGUCAAGAACUACCUGCAUACCAGACUUCUGACCUAAGGUCCGAGAUACAACCUCCGAUGAUUCGAUUCUUGCACGCUCUUACUGCUACGCUCUAUUCCCUGGCAAUCACGUCGCGCCUCGGAUUCGCUGGUCCUGCUCUUGCCCUCGAUGGCUUUAUGGACAAACAAGAUGUGGUGAGCGACUUGCCGACUCCUAGGGUGCAGGUCGAAGCGCCUACGCCAGGUCUAUCUACUCCGCACGAAUCGAACCCUAUGGAAGAUGGUCCCAAGAUGACACGUCGGACGUCAAAGCUGGUCUCGCUCCCUUUCAACAGGAAUCAUUCCGGGUCUGGCACGAAUCUGCCCGUGAUAGGUCAGAUAUCUGAAGACACUGCAGGGCCUCUGGAUUACCUCAUUAUACAGGAGAUCAUGUCUACCGUAUUGGAGUAUUCGCCUCGAGCCGGUCUGCUUGUCAUGGCACCGAUGCUUCUAGCGCUCGACCGUGAUGCGGGGACUAUUCUGGUCCGAAAGACGCACGACUCUAGGGAAAACAUCUUUAUAACGGAACGAAGGCGCGCCUGUCGAGAGCUCGUCUGCUUCAUGUGGCUAGAGUUAGCAGAACAGGGCCAAUUGGACGGGCUAGCCCAAGCUAUGCGAGAGACCCGACGCAACAUGCCAGAGCCAUCUAUGAUUCCGCAAGGCUCUAUGCCCAAAGCGGCAUUCGGUCUCUUUGCCCCCAGCGAGAUGUUGACCUUCCCGCCACUCUCAGCCCGAGGAGAGGGCUCCACCGCGUCACGGCCCAUCGCGCAUCCCGAACUGAUUGUUACACAAAUCUCGGAAAGCACCGCGAUGCAGAAUCGACUACGGCUGGACCGAAACGAAUUGUCGGACCAUCUGGCAGUCCCAUGGACCUUAGAAUCUGCGCUUGCCAACUCCAUCGAGUUGCCUAUCGCCAACCUGCUAAGGUCCACGAGCAAACGAUCUCUGAAUAUGAGUCCCAUGAAGGGGUCGAACUAUUCCGUCGACAGCCAUGAUGGGCCUGGCACGUGGGGAGUGGACGUUGAAGGUCUGCGUGAAGCCUUAGGCGCCGGAAAUCGACCACGAUCGAAGUCCCAAUCGAGAUCAGCGACUGCGUCCGUGGAUGGUUCGGCACAUGGCCAGGAAGUUCGCAAGAUGCAUCCCGACGAUGCCAAGGAAAUCCUGAAGGACAUCUUCAGAGACCGAAAAGCAAGGGCGUCACAUGUCUCUGUGCAAGCAUGAUUCUCAUCAUCGCAGAUCAUGCAUUACACCUUUCGUCUCGCCUCCUCCUCUCUUGUCCGGAAAAACGAUAAUUCCGUCUGAAGCCGAGGGUGGCUAGUCCGCCCGGGACCCGUCGUCAAGCCUCGAAUAAUAUCGUCGUAUAUACCGACUAAAAACGAAGCUUGCUGUGGUGGACUUUUGAUCUUUUGGCUUUGAGUGAUUGCUAGUCGGCUUAGUUCUGUCCGCAGGCGGUUCAUACUGCACAAUCGGAAUUGAACAUUAUAAUCAGUACCCCUGCGGUGCGGUGUACUUCUGAAGAUACCAUCCAUAGCAUACCUUGUAAA